GGCUACAGGAUGAACCAUUACUGAUUUCUUCUUACUUUGAUCAUAACUGUUUGUUUUAUGUGUGUGAUCAAAAAGUCUAUUCAACGAUGGUCAAGGAACGUACUCAUGAAGAAGAGUAUGAUCCAACAUGUCCGGACAACUCUCUGUCGAUGACAAUCAGGGGCCAAAUCAACAGGGGCCAUGCCCUUGAUACUUGGCUCGGAACCAAAAAACCACUGGGACCAACGCGAGAUGGGGAUCGAACACGUCAUGCACUACUCAAUAUGGUUCGCGAAAUAUAUCAAAAAGUAGGUUUCCGAUGCGCAGCCACACCAGAACAGUCGCCCGAUACAGACUACGUUCAAGUCGAUUGCAGCAUCUGGAUUGGUAUGAGGAACUCUCGAAUGGAGCCAAAAUGGCAUUACGCGAGGCGCCUCGCUGAUAACGGGUGGUAUAAUUUCGAAAAGUUUCCGAUCCCGGAUUAUCCUCUUCCCACACUACCGCCCACUGGGGACCCUCUGCUUUCGGUUCCUCCAAAGCGUUUCCUCGUCGAUGUCGGAGACCUAGAUUCUGUUGACAGUGACCUUUUGAGGGCCUUAGCGAUGCGCAUCAUGGGGACUCCGGACAAUGAAAGAUACAAAUUGAGAGGGAGGCGGCUUAAAAGGCAAGCUAAGAAGACUCUCAGGAGUAAGAAAGAUGCAGAAUCACAUGAAAAAUUGGGGUCUAUCGAUAGCAAAACUCGUCUGGAUACUGCUCGCCGAGAGAACGUCCCCUCCCUGCAAGAAGCCAUGAAACUUUUGGAAGGACCUGUUUAGUGGUUCGGUUCGAAAUGCAUAAGGUCACAAUCGAAUAGCCCAAGUCGUUGGAUAAUGCUCAAUUGAUUCGAAC